AUGGUGAAAGUUGCAGUGGAGGAGCGUCUGAAAGUUAUGGGGAUAGGAAAAAAUCUCCAAAACAAAGAUAACCUCUUAAACGUCGCCGCCGACCAACAACCUGAACCGUUGUCAUCACCGCAGCCUAAUACCCAGCAGAAGUCUGUCUGUAGUCCACUGUUAGCUGAAACCCCUGGAAAGGAUAUGGGACCUAGAAAAAAUUUGUCCAACGAGCUUGAUAAGGAGAGAGGGAUGAAAAAAACUUUGGCUAAGGAGUUUGGAACACAUGCUGAAGAUCAGGGUGCUAAUGUUCUUGAUUUCCUAUAUGUUUCUCCUGCAAAGGCAACUAAGGCUGAAGACUUACGUCGCCGCUCCACGCGCAACCGUACUAUAAAGGAUGAGGAUGCAGAAGAUAAGAAAAAAGCUGUGCAAGCAGAGGCUGUGUUGAAGAGGAAGGAGAAAGCUGCCGCUAAGAGAAAAGAGGCUGCCUCAAUGAAGCAAAAACAGGCUGAGUUAAAGAAUCAAGAACAGGCUGAGUUAAUGAAUGAAGAACUGGCUGAGUUAAAGAAUCAAGAAGCCGAUAAUGAGAAGAGAAAGAAUAUAACUACACCGCGUGCCAAUGUAAAAAGAUGCAAGGUUGAAGAUUCUGUAAAGGACAGUGAAUUUGCUGUAAUGACCGACGAAGUUCUUGCGGAGGAGAAUGAAAUCUUGCCGGAGUCGCCUAUGGAGAGUCAUGAAUUGAUUAGAUCUGCUAUAAUAAAGGAAUAUCGGGAGAAAACGGUUAAAUUAUCUCCACAAGGGUUUGCAUUGUCUGAAGGUUCUUCAAGACCAGCUUUUCCGUACAUUGGAGACAAUGGAACGAUGUGCAUGAGGAAUAAUGUUGAGCCUUCAUCAGUAAUAUAUGACCCUCUAGCACAUGUUGAUCCGAUUGUAUUGGAUAAACUUAUACAACACAUCUCGAGAAUUCCACCCAAACCACCAGCACCAGCAAAGAAAAGAGUUGUAAGAUCCGCCGCUCGUGAGGGUGACUUCUACAGCAUACUCAUCCUUGAAAGACCGUAG